AUGACACGUGGAAGAUAUCAACAUUUUGCACCGCAGUCGAAAGUGGCUAAAGUAAAUCGUCUUCGCUUCUUUAGUCAUAUAUUGAGGAGACCGGCAGAUAGCCUUGUUCAACGAGUUCUGAGAAGUUCGUCGGGUUCGAGCUGGAUGAAGCCACCUGGCCGAAAACGGAAGGUCUGGAUUGAGGUGGCGGAAGAGGGUCUGAGAACACUCGGCGUGGAUAAGCGGUUCAGGCGAGACGUAAGGUUUCGCAGAAUAUGGACUAGCGAUGAAUGGAUGUGCAAGCUCUCGCAGAAGAUCGAGAAGGUUGGGCAGAGCUGUUUUCAAGGACGGUGCACCUCGGCGAAGAUGCGGGUAACCGCGCCAUGCGAUGAUAUUAUCGUCUUGGCAAGUGUGAAAACUGUUUUGCAGGUACACAACAUCACUGUAGACAUAUCUUCCGAAUAG